AUGCGCACCAAGCACUUGAUACCCAACCACGCCGCGGGUCUCACCUACGCGAACGCCUACGCCGCCGCCCGCGAGGGCCACGGCGGCGGCGGCGUCGACCCGUUCGAGGCCUUCCCCGACGCGGUGCUCGGGCUGAUCGUCUCCAAGCUGCCCUUCAGGUCCGCCGUCGCCUCCUCCGCCAUCUCGCGCCGGUGGCGCGGCGCGGUGGCCGCCGCGCCUGCGCUCGACCUCGACUUCGCCGCGGCGUUCCCCGCCGCGCCACGCCGCAGGGCGGCAUUCGCGGCCGCUGCCGCCGCCGCGCUCGCGGGCUCGCGGCGCCACCCGCUCCGCCGCCUCCGCCUCGCGCUCGACGGCUUCUUCGACCAGGCCUUCGCCGCCUCCGCGGCCAGCCACGUCGCCUCCUGGCUCGCCGCCGCCGCGGCGCGAGGCGUCGAGCAGCUGGAGCUCCACCUCCCUCGCUCCCGCCUCGCCGUGAUCCCUCCCUCCCUCCUCGCCUGCACCGACCUCACGUCGCUCACCCUUCGCCUCGACCACAACGCCCUUCCGCUCCCUUCCCUCUGCCUCCUCACCCGCCUCUCCCGCCUUCACCUCGCCUCCGUCUCGCUCGUUGGCUGCGGUGACUUCUUCGAAGACCUCUGCUCUCACUGCACGCAGCUCAGCUGCCUGAUCCUUGAACAGUGCCACAUCGGUGCACUCCGACUAGCCGGCGCGCCGCAGCUUUGCUCGCUUGACAUCGCCAGCUGUUCGUGGACGGAGCAGUCGUCUAUUGCCAUUGCUGAGAUGCCGGCGUUGCGCACUCUCCGCUACUCGGGUGCGAUGGCGAACAGACACAUGAUUAAUGGCGCCGAUUCCUUGGACGAAGUCGUUCUGGCCAUUGAGAAGCCACAAGCUCUCCUGGAGCCUAAUCUCAGAGAGCUGCUUGCGUUGGUUGGAAACGUACGGAGCCUAGUGCUUUCGCCCUGGUGUAUUGAGCAAUUUUCUCAUCCUGAGGAAUGGUCCAAGGUGCGGCUGGACAAGGUGAGACGGUUGGCAUGCAUAAUAGAGAGGAGGGAAGAAGGUGCUUUGUCCAUUGCACCAUUGCUUACGAGUUGCCCCAAUGUGCAAGAACUUUCUGUGUCGGUCGUGCCAUCGCAGUCCAAGCGGAGACGGUGCAGCGACAGUGAAGUUCAGUAUCGUGUUAUUGGUGGUAGAGGGAUGAUCGUCAGGAAUCUCAGGGAAAUUAGGAUGGAGUACAUUGAUGAGAGCAAGAGUGGAUUGGAUCUGGUUAAGCUUCUGCUCAAGAAGGCGCAGAUGUUGGAGAUGAUGACAAUUGUGCCUUCCAUGGAUGGCCUUGAGCAGGCCAAGUUCAGGCGCAGGGUGUUGAAGUUCAGAAAAGCUUCCAAGAAUGUCAACAUCCAGUUUUGUGCCACUGCAUGA